UAGAAAGUGAUAGUGGUGACAAAGGAGAAUCCUAGUAAUGAUGAACCCUGCUGCCAUAAAAACAGGUCCUUAACUAUUUGUGCACGAACCACUAAGAGGUGGAAAUCAAAAGCAACAGCUUAAGUUGGAGACAAGAAUGAGUGGCCUUUAAAUCGGGUCCUUUUGUUCAGCACUAAGAAUCUUUUACAUUGUUUUCAUUUUCCUUAAUUAGAAGCACUCAGAAACAACGUCAUAUUUUCUUGUUAAAUAUCUCACUGUUGGUCAUCUGUCCUAUCAGCAUCUUGUCCUUGCUUCUUCAAUUCUCACUCAUGCCAUGAGAUUUUUCACCACCCGUAUGUUCUGAAUCCCGAGUGAUCGAAAUGUUAAGUUUUACAAUGAGCCCGACGGCGUCUAACUCUAAAUGCUCAGUCCAUCAACUGGAAAACAUAGAUGAGAAUGCUCCUGCAGAUUGGACUGCAUCAUCCUGUCCCCCACCUGAUACUCCAACUGAGUCUAUGGAGUUCCUUGCUAGAUCAUGGAGUCUUUCCGCCAUGGAACUCUCUAAAGCAUUGCACAGCACCAACAUUGCGAUCUCCACCAGUAUAGAUAUGCCACUUUCUUGCCCUUCAGGUCACCAAUUUGAUACCAAGAGUUCCACUGCCUCAAAGGAUUUAUCUAACUGUUGUUAUCCUCCAAUUUCACCCAGUGACAGUAGCGAAAAGAAGGAUUUACUUUUACUCCAUCAAGCACUCAGUACAGAAUUCCUUUCCAGUCAAAACAUACUCAGAAAUGGGCUUUACAGGAGUUUGCUAAGAGGGAGAACAAUGGGUAGGUGGUUGAAAGAUCAAAAGGAGAGGAAAAAGCAGGAAAUUAGGACCCAUAACGCUCAUUUGCAUGCUGCGGUAUCUGUGGCUGGUGUUGCUGCUGCUAUUGCGGCGGUUGCAGCAUCAACAGCAUCACCUGAAAUGCCUUAUUCCAACCCAAAGACCCCUCCUCCCCUGGCUUCUGCUGCAAUUGCAUCUGCAGCAGCUUUAGUAGCCUCUCACUGCAUUGAGAUUGCAGAAGAUAUGGGAGCUGAACAUGACCAAAUCUUAACAGUAGUCAACUCCGCCAUUAAUGCAAAAACCAAUGGAGAUAUUAUGACUUUAACUGCCGGAGCAGCCACAGCCUUGCGAGGAGCUGCUACGCUAAAGGCAAGGCUGCAAAAGGGGCCUGGAGCAACUGCCAUUCCUCUAGUUGAAGAAAAGUGUAACGAAAGCAAAGAAGCAAACAUCUUGACAGCACUGGACUAUGUUUUUAAAGGAGGAGAACUUCUCAAACGUACAAGAAAAGGAGAUCUUCACUGGAAGCAAGUUUCUUUCAAUAUAAAUUCAAAUUUGCAGGUUGUAGUCAAAAUGAAAAGCAAACAUAUGGGAGGAACAUUCACAAAAAAGAAGAAAUAUAUAGUGACCGGCCUUUGCAAUGAUAUCCCAGCAUGGCCUGGAAGGGAGAGAGAAGACACCAAUGAAAAGAGGGCAUACUUUGGAAUAAAAACAACGGACAGGACCAUAGAAUUUGAAUGUGGAAGUAAAGGAGACAAACAGUUCUGGCUCGAGGGUAUCCAGUACAUGUUGAAUUGCCGUGUCAAAGUAACAUUAUGAAAAAAAAAUAUAUUAGGAUAGACAUUGGGAUUGCUGUAUAUAUGCCUUUUUUUUUUCUUUCCCUUUUCCUCUCACAGCGAUUGGAGGUUACUUCUUUAUAAAGGUGAAGAGCUGACAGUACUGCUCUAAGGUUUCGUUGACAAAAUUAUUGAGACUUGCGUGAUUUCAGUGGA